GACAUUCAAAGUAAUACUUGUUGGUGAUGGUUGGGGAUCUCCCUAAAGCCCACGGCAAGCCAUGUGGGAAAUUCAAAUCGUUUAGCUUCGACGUGUGACCGAGUCAAAAUAAAGGACAAUAUUUUAUUGUUCACGUGCAUAAAAUCCGCAUUUCCAGUCUUUGGCAAAUUAGAAGGGUAACAGAAGAAAUAGCGCGGCCUUGUAUCGGGACAGUCGGACGGCUAGUUCUUCGCUGAUGUGAUUUUUAGUCACAGACCGGGUUAAGUGCAAUUACAGAGCCGGUGGCUAUCUAGGAUUUUCGUAUAAUUUUUGUUCUGAGGCGGAAAUGGAUUCGAAAUUUCAAAGAGUCAAUAGCGACGAGAACGACAGUCCCAUCCAGUUUUCUCCCAAGGAACAGUGGAGAAUCUGGAAAAACGUUCUGGUGGUUGGAUUCGCUUUUAUGCUGCAAUUCACCGCCUUUUGGGGAGCCUCCAACUUGCAAAGUUCCGUCAAUGCGGAAGCCUCAUUGGGCACAUUCACACUGGCUGCUAUUUACGGCUCCCUCAUUCUAUCCAACAUUUUUCUACCAGUGAUCGUUAUAAGAUGGUUGGGAGUAAAAUGGACCAUCUGCCUAGCCUUCCUGGUCUACGUUCCUUUCAUAAUGGCCCAGUUCUAUCCCCGGUUCUACACCAUGAUUCCUGCAGGAUUAGCUGUCGGCUUUGGAGGAGGUCCUUUAUGGUGCGCCAAGUGCACCUACCUCACUAUCCUAUCAGAGGCUUAUGCGAAAGUCACGGGAGUAGGGGCUGAUAUAACAGUGACCCGUUUCUUUGGGGUUUUCUUCCUGUUUUAUCAGUUUUCCCAGGUGUGGGGAAAUCUCAUCAGUUCAGCCGUGCUCUCAUCUGAAGGUCCCGCAGUCGCCGCUCUCAGCAACUCAACGCUGAACAAUAUAACAUUCGCAGAUGUCUUCAACGUGUCCACAGCAACGAGGAAUAGUGAAGAAAUAUGCGGAGCAAAUUUCUGUCCUGGGACUGUUGUGGAAGCCAUUCCAAAUCUGGCUCCUCCUUCUACUUCCAAAAUCAACACAAUCACCGGAAUUUAUCUAGCUUGCAUGAUCGCAGCCGUUCUGGCAGUGGCUUUUGGAGUGGACUCCGUUAAAAGAUACGACCAGGGCAGGAAAGGCAGUGGUAGCGACAUUUCCGGAUUGAGACUGUUGGCUGUGAUCGUCAAGCAGCUGGCCAAUCCGUCUCAAAUUCUGAUUUUACCCAUCACAAUGUUUAUUGGCGCCGAACAAGCGUUUCUGGCCGCCGAUUUUACUUCAGCAUUUGUUUCAUGCGGAUGGGGAAUCAGCAAUAUCGGCUUCGUAAUGAUUUGCUUCGGAGUGUGUAAUGGAAUAGCGUCAAUUUUUAUUGGAGGAAUUAUCAAAAUCACGGGAAGAUCACCCGUGGUAUGUUUGGCUCUAUCUUUACAUGUCGCACUAAUUGUUACCUUGUUAGUGUGGAAACCGAGCGAACAGGCCAAAUUAACAUUUUUCAUCAUUGCUGGCUUAUGGGGAUUUUGCGACGCCAUUUGGCUCGUACAAAUUAACUCCUUGUAUGGAAUUCUAUUCCCCGGCAAAGAAGAGGCAGCUUACAGCAAUUUCAGGCUCUGGGAGUCUACAGGAUCAGUGAUUACUUACAUCUACAGCCCGUACUUGUGCAUUGAUGUAAAGCUGUCUCUUCUGCUGUGUCUUCUUAUCAUCGGGGCUUGCGGAUACACUGCCGUUGAGGUGAUUGAGUGGAAAGGAAAAGACGGCGAAUUAGGAGGAAAGAGGGAGUUUAAGCUGGUGAAAAGUGGCGAAAAGGAGAAGUCUUUGGAAGUUGCAGACUGAUUGACUGGAUUUUGGAAAAAACCUUGUACAUAACUUAGUUAAUAAGCAUCUAGGUUAAGAGACAGCAGUUAGGCACUUAACUUGUGACUGUAAAGCUAAGCACGUAAACAAGUAAUAGAAUUUGUAGCAAAAA